UCCUAAGAUAGGUCCUAAUGUAAUAGAGAAAUGCUACUAGUCAGACGCCAUGUCUCGGGAGCUGAGACUAUAUUCGCAUCCUCAUGCGAGUAGGAGUAAAUAGGAGUAGAAUGAGGUAAGCAUCUAGACCGGCUGAAGCCACCGAUUGGUUUGCCUACUACGGUUGCGUGCCUUUUUUCAUGGGACCCUUAUCGCAUACGGUCCAAACGGUUAGUACGGUCAUAAUCCCAUACAUAUCCAUGUUAGAUCCGCAGCAGGAUGCUCAGAGAUACUCCGACAUAAUAUAAGGCGGUAAGACACUUGUGCUUUCUUCUAAAUAAUCUACGGACUUUGUUUUUCAAAAUAACCCAUCGUUCAACACUUACCCGGAGAAAAGAAAAUGAGUACUACAAUGGUCACAGAAACUAGCUCGACGGGCUUGGGCUCGGGUAUCUACACACAGUCCAUCCUAAACUACCUAUACCAGCGCUUAGUUCUGGAAUUCAAUGUCCCUUACGUAUGGGGCUGCCCAUGCGAUGUAUUACUCAACCUCUUUGCCGAACACUUCUCUCAGAACCAUCUAGACUGUGGUGUCGCCACGGGUUACUUUCCCGCAACCGUCCUGCAACGUACCCGCCAAGCCAAUGCGCAACGCCAAGUUACCUUGUUAGAUCUCAACCCCAACUGUCUGGAGGCGGCCAAGGCAGCUAUACAGGCAGAGGCGCCACAAGUUCCGGUUCACACUGUCGAGGCAGACAUAAAAGCACCCAUACCAGCUGCGUUAAAGGGCAAGAAGUUCGAUACGAUAUCCAUGUUCAACUUAUUCCAUUGCGUACCCGGGGGUGCGAGCAAGUUCCAAGCACUUGCCACCUACAAGGACGUUCUUGCGGAUGACGGUGUGUUCAUAGGAUGUACGGUGCUAGGCGAGAAACACACCACCGGCUGGUUUUCUCGGAAUUAUCUCAGCCUCUAUAACUGGGUCGGCGUGUUCAAUAACUGGGAUGACAAGGCGGAGGACAUCGAAAGCGUGCUUCGAUCAGCGUACAAGGAGGUUGAUACCUGGAAGGUUGGAAUGAUAUUCAUGUGGAGGGUAAAGGGCCCCAAGAAGGCCUAAGUACCUACCUGAUACUAACAACACCGCAUUUAUGGAGACAUGGGCUGUUCAUGGGGAUGGGUCUGUUAGGAGUUUGGUUGGCUAUCUUUUGUACCACAGCAAGCAGUUUUUUUCUUCCUGGGCUAAGUACAGGAUAGAUUUGGAUAAAUUCGGAGAAAAAAAUACCUCAAUACAUCUGAUUAAACUA